UUUUGAUGAGACGUUCUGGAAUUUUCUCAAAAAAGUUAUGUCGGUUCAAAAAUUUGAAAACAUGCAAAAUUUUCCAACUUGACCAAGUCAGAGCUUGUGGAGAAUGAGGCAAUGAAUACUCAAUCUUCUAAUAUAUUGGCCUACAUAUUCCCGAACGAAAAGGCGCGAUGGAUAUUCUUGAUGAACCCUUAGAUUAAAGUUCUCAUGCAAUUUUACGGGUAGCAAGUGAGUCGCCGAAUUUCACUCAUUUUCAAUUUGCGCUUCAAUAAUGAACGUAUUUUAUGGUCCAUGUCUGGUUUGCAAUGAUGUCAAAAACACUAGCAUGCACUUUGGAGUCAAUUCUUGUGCUGCGUGUGCUGCAUUUUUCCGAAGGACUACAGAAAAUCAAUAUGCAUGUAGUCGAAACAAUAACUGUGCAACUUCCUAUGAGCGAAAGAUUCUAUGCCGUGCGUGCCGUUACACCAAUUGUCUGAAAGCAGGAAUGAGCAGAGGAAACGAAGCAUCAAGUCAAAGAAGUAUUCCGUCAAGCGGAUCUUCAAAUUCUUCAUCAACUUCAAGAUCAAAUUCUCCACAGACAUACUCUGGAUUCAGCAAAAUUCUGAAGAUUCAUCAUGAAGAUCUGCUGCAAUUUUAUCUGGAAGAAGUUGAGAAGACAAUGAGUCAAAAAAGGAGAAAUGUGUCAAAGAACAUUCUCCUUGCAAAAUCAUUCAACGAGCUGAUGAUAAUAACUGCUCAUGAACACGGUUCUGCAAUGGAAGCAUGUAUUGACUGUCCGGGGGUAGAUCACUUGGAACAGGAAGAUCUCAAGGUUUUACUGAAAUAUGUUCAAUUCGCCAAUGUAUGGAUUGACUCUGUUCGUGCUUAUUCGGUCUCGGAUAUAGAUUGUUUUAAAGAAGUUUCAGGACGAGAUGACAGACUAACUGAAUUCCUCCAACAAGUCAAGUCAACUCUGGGCUCCGCAUUCGCUGAGUUGAAGCUGAACAUCUACGAGUUCGCAGCGUUCAAAGCCUUUUGCAUUUGGAAACUGGGAUUUUUCUCAACUUCUCGGACAAUGAAAACUGUAGCUGAGGAUCAUUAUGAUGGAGUCAGUUCAGCAUUAAGGAAUUAUUAUAAAAAUCAACUUAAAAUGGACGAUUGUGACAUAGCAAUUCGACUCGGGAAUAUAACAUUGCAAAUUGUAACAGUGACGAACAUUUAUCACGACUUGAUUUGCCUGCAUCUGAAGGUUGGCAUGCCUAUAUAAAUAUUAUGUAAUUAUCUGUAACCAAAUAAAUUAUUGAUAAUUAAAAAUC